AUGACCGAGGAGUCAACCCUCAGUGCCGAAAUGCAGCUUGAGACGCUAUUUUGCCUUAACCGGGAACUGCAAGAAGAAUCCGCGGCGCGGAUGUACAGUUUGGAAAUGGAACUGCGGCAGGUGAAGGCUGACUACAGUCGUAUUAACGCAGACCUCACGAAAAGAAAGCUGCGACUGGAACAGCUUGAAUCACGCAAGUAA